AUGCACCCACAGUCUGAAUCAGAUGGUAGUGUCGUUGAUGAUAAUGCUGUUCAAUUGCCCUUCACCGGAGUUCGUGGCCGCCGCAAGAUCUGUCGAUUUACUACAAUUGAUUUGCCUAGUACACAGCCGGCUUACCGCAUCUUGGUAGGAUCCAACUGUGCACCAGUCGAGACCCCAUAUUUGGUAGACGUCUUGCCUAGCAACACUGAAAUCCUUCCCGUCAGAUCCCAGGGCCCUGUUGUACCUUUGGCAGGUCUUCCAGAUGACCACCCUAUUGUUCAAAAGUCCAAGACACUCAAACACAAAAAGUCCCUUCAAGCUCUUGUGGAUCAAGUUGACAUCAAGACACUAGAGAAGGACGUGACAUGGUUGUCUGGCGAGGCUUCUGGUAGCCCCUUUAUUACUCGUGCUUCGACUUCAAAACAGAGUCUAGAGGUCGCUGAAUGGCUUCAGUCGCAGUUCGAAAGCUAUGGUUGUGACUCUGUCGAGCUUAUGCAUUAUCGUGAGCGCUUUGGACCUAAUGUUAUCUGCAAGUUCAAGGGUACAGAGCAUCCCGACGAGCAUGUCAUCAUUGGAGCCCACCACGACAGUCGCGGCUCACUCUUCAAUCCUCGUGCACCUGGCGCAGACGAUGAUGGCUCAGGAACGAGCAUGUUGCUUCAAGUUGCACGUAUCAUUAAGGCAAACAACGUUAAGUUUGGCCGCACUUUUGUCAUUUCUGCCUUUUCAGGGGAAGAGCAAGGGCUCUUUGGUUCUGCUGCUUUGGCCAAGAAGAUGAAGGAAUAUGGAACUACCAUCACAAUGAUGAUCCAGGGCGAUAUGCUUGCAUACAGAAAACCAGGUGAGCCAAUCCAGAUUGCGUUCCCUGCGCGCUACCACACACCAGAGGUCAGUGCGCUAUUGCGUAACGUAACGCAGCUUUAUGUUCCCGAUGCUAUCGUUGGUACAACUGGUGCCUGCUGCUCCGACCACCAGUCAUUCUGGGAGAACGGAUUCCCAGCGACUGCGUUUUUUGAGCGCAAUGGACCGAUUGCAGACCCCAAAUAUCAUAAUUCGGGCGAUUUGGUUCAUCGUGAAGGCUAUGACUUCGAGCAACUGCGCGCAUCGACUAAAGCAAUGAUGGCUUCAGUCUUUGAGGUUGCAGAUGCCAAAUAUGAUGCCUAG